AUGCGCUCCUUCUUCUCCUCGUCCAGCUUGAUGCUGCUGAUCUAUCUUUUCCUCUCUCUUCUUUAUCUUUCCGCCGCCUAUCCACACAGCUUCCAUGAAUUGCAUCCGGGUCUCGCAGGUCGAGAUGGACCAGCUCGGACCACUAAAUAUCCUAUCCCCUACAAAGCCAGAAUCAGCUCCGUCUAUGCAAACUCAGCCACUCCUUGCUCUGGUGCUCAUUGCGCCGUUGCCACCCCUCUCCCUGGAAGCCUACCUUGUAACGCUGUGAAUGGCUCGACUAUUGUCAGUGCUGCUCCCAAUGGCGCCAAAUACACACUUAUCUGUGAUGGGGACUUUCCCGCUCAAAACAUCUACCCCUUUGUUCUGGCUGGUUCUUUCGAAGAAUGUUUGGCACAGUGCGAAGCCUACAACAAGAAAAAUCUUAGCGAUACCCAUUGCGCCGGGUUCGUCUUUGCACCAGACCGCGUUGACGACGCAGAUGACUGCUAUCUAAAGUCCUCUUUGGAUAAUCCGAGCUCAGCAACAAUUCAUCUGGUCGGCGCGACAGUCAUUCCUUCAGCUUCAGGCUGCUCUUCGCCAACUGCUUCCCCUCCUGUGCUGAUGCCUCGUUCCAGCCUCGGGGACUCUACGCCUUCGCUUCGUGUAGGAGACUUCAGAUUGCUCGGUAGCUCCACAAACAAGCCUACGACACAAUAUGUGAGCCAUGUGCCUGCAAGCCCACAGAAGCUUGCGAGCAAUCUCUUGGUCCCAGGGAUCAACACCGACCUCAUCACACAAUACCCAAUAGCAGAUGACACAGGGUCCUGGACCUCCAACCAUGUGCACACCGACGCAAAAUUGGCAGACAUGAAGGUCGUACCCCAUAUGUCUCGUGAUGGUGGGAAAGGGGGGACGAUCAACGGGACUCAUCUUUUCAUCUUUUGCGACACUGCCAGUUUCCAGAUCGAUCAAACCUCAGGCAGCAGCCAGAUGGUCGGGUUUGUGUCAAGCUCGGUAGCCACAGAUGACGGAAUGAAGGCCCUUUAUGGAGGGCCACUCAAUCUCGUGGACAAUGUUGGCGAAUGGCAGGAUGACGUUGGCAGAAUGCGAGGGUUUGCUCCCAUGACGACCGGAGAAGAAUCCUUCAACAUUGAUCUGUCCGGGAAUGGGUAUCGAUAUGCAGUAUGGCCUGAAUCUUCCCUGAUCCCGCUCAACGCAAGCCAUGCUUUGCUUUACCCAGCACUGGUGUAUGAUGUUGUAGAUAUGACCACACAGGCGGCAGUCUUUAAUGACGUUGGCAACUCUAUUCUUUUGGUCUCUGUCGAUCCAACUUAUGGGCCGUCUGCCGACCGUGUUGUUCGACAGCUCUACAACCAAGACCAAGUCUCCUUUGGGACUUUGGGCGGGAUGCGUUCCUGGGGGCCCUCUGGGUCUGGCGGCAAUGAUGGCCACAUUUACCUCUUUGGAAAAGGCGACAAUGGCGUCCUUGUGGCGAGAACCAUUCCAACUGGAUACACCGACUUGUCGACCUACGAAUACUGGAACGGUGGCUCCUGGGUCAAAGAUGUACCCUCGUCCAACUCGACGGCUGUUAUGCUCGAUGUCUUGGUUCAAGAUCUAGACGUCAUCUAUGUCCCUGCCAUGCGGGGUUUUCUCAUGGUUUACCUCAACACUCUGGCUGACAAUACUUUCUAUUACCGCUAUUUGGACCUCGACCUGAAUGGGGAGGGCAAGGAUCUCGACAUGGAAAACAUUGUGAAUGCCAAGUGGUCUGACGAGCAAGUCCUCGCCAAGAUCGAUUCUCCUGCCCAGGGUUAUAUCUACGCUGGUGGUGUGCAUGCGGGAUACUUUGGUGCCGAAGACGUGUCCAACGGAGGGUGGAAGAUGCUGAUUACUUGGACGGAGCAUACCGGUCAAGACGCCGCAUCCCCAGAAUCGGGCUAUGCACAUAAAUCGGCCUACGUCCAGCUCAAUCUUGGUUGA